AUGGGAAAGAUUACAAAUAAUAAAAAAGUAUAUAGAGUUGAUCCAAUCACAGGUGCUAAUACCAGAAACGAUGACGAAGGAAAUGGAUCAGCAUCUGAAGUGAUGAAUGAUGACACUGCCAAGAUGCUUUAUGAUCAGGUGUUGAAUGCUGCAUCUACUCUUGUCGAUGAUCCUCAGGAACUAUUGAAGAUGGUCGAUGACAAGGAUGCCAAUCAACGUGAUCUCGCACUCAGAACCGUGGCAGAACUCAUCAUAGAGAACACAUCGUUCAAUAAGAACAAUCUCCUCGAUAAUAAAGAUAAUCUCAUAAAGAUCAUAAAGAGAUCAUCCGAUCCUGAACCACAAGUUGCCGUCACCGCAAUGGGUGCAUUAAGAAACCUUACAAUUGUCAAUCCAGAAUCAUGUGAUCUAUUGUUAUCAUCGGAUAUUCUUACUAGUUUGAUCUCAAACUUUAACAGGUCACUAGAGUUUAUCAGUACAAUUCAAAAUAACAAAUAUACUACAGGUCCUGCAUUGGAGAAUCAACAUAUCUUAUUACAAUCAUUAUCAUUAUUAACAAAUCUUUGUGAAUUAUCAGAUUCAGCAUUCGAAGUUGUUUCUAAUUCAGUUGGUCAACAUUUCAGCAAGUUGUUCCAAUUGCUCAUUGGACACAGUUUGUUUUUGGAGGAGUUGGUGUUCUAUACUUGCGAGUUCUUGUCGAUCAUCACAGAGAAUAACGCAAAGCUAUCGAUGACCGUUGGUAAUGACUUGUUGAUGCAACUCUACAAGUGUGUCAGCGAAUCAAAGAUGUCGAUCAAGUUGUUAUCUCUCAUCUCUGUCACUCUUCUCAAUAUUGGAUCACACUACCACCGUGACAAAGUAGUAGAGUUGAUCACACCACUCCUCUUGCCAGCAUUCACCAACUUCCAACCGGUAGCAUCGUUGCUCGCAAUCAAAGAGAAGAGAUUGGCAUUGAAAGAGGUCACCGCUUCAUCUAACAACCAAGAGGAGGAAGAGGAUGAACCAAUUGAAGAAGAUACAAUCGUAGAGGAUGGUGAUGACGAUGAUGAAGUUGAAGAUCAGCAAAUGGGUGAAACAUCAACAACAUCAAAUAAUAAUAAUAAUGGUGAUACUAAAGAACCAAAGAAAGCAAAGAGUGAAUCAGUUACUUUUGAGAAUGAAGCAGAAAAGAUGGAAGAGCAAUGGCGUGAUUCAUUAUCUGCACAACAAACAGCCAUCGAAAUCUUUACCAACAUUCUAAGUGACGAUGGCCAGCAACAACCAUCGGACAAUCCAUACGACGAAGAUGACAAAUUCCUCGAUGUUCAAGACAUUGAAUCUGCACAAGAUCAAGAUGUAUCACCAUUAAUUAAAUACUUAGAAAGUACUACUUUAUUAGCAAAUUUAAUAGAAUUGAUUGAAUCAAUUGAAUUACAGGAUAUUACAAAGAUUGUAAAGGAAUGUACAGAGUUGAUGCAAUUGGCAAUCUCAUUAAAGACAAUGUAUAAACGUGCAAUUCAAUGCCUAUCGAAUCUUUUAAUCUCAUUCAGUAAAGAGAAGAUACAUUCACACCAAAGACUAUGGGAUUUGAUGUUGAAGAUCUCUGCACACUCCAUUCACAACGGCCAAAUCUCACAAGCAAAGACCGAGAUUGAACAAUUAGAGAUUGCAACCAGCUCACUUUGGUCACUCAUGAGAAAUAAUAGUUCAAUUGGUUUUAAUAAUUUAGAUGAAAUUAAAAAUAUAUUGUUUAUUACAAGUAAUGCUCCUACUUUGGUAAAGACCAAUUUAAUUGGUAUGAUUGGUUUGAUGGGACAAAAAGAUAUGUGUAAAUCAAUAUUGAAUCAGAUCGGUCAGUUGUUCGUCUACUGUUUGGCCAACGAUCAGAAUGCAGAGGUCAUUGCAGAGACUUUGAAUUCGAUAUUCGAUGUAUUUGCUGAGCCACCAGUCAAUCAGGUCUUUAAAGAACUCAACAUGAUGUCUACUCUCGAGCAAUAUGUACCAAUCUUGCGAAAUAAGAUAAAAACAGACAAGAAGAAACUAGAUCGUCAAAUGCUCGACCGUCUCGAUGAGUCUAGAAUCAAUUUAACAAGAUUCAUACAAUAUAAGAAACAACAAAAAUAUUAA